ACCUGUUGUUGUUGCUCCUCCGCUGCUUGGCGCGUCGUUUUGUUUCCCCGCUUUUUCGUGCCCCCCAGGAUCCCGGGAAAUGUAAAUUUUUGUGGCAGAAAAUGGCACAAUACACGCCCCGCCAGGCGUUGGCCACGCCUGAUGCCCAGGAAUUUGGUUUCCCGCACGUCCCGUACAAAAUCCAGGAGCAGCUGAUGCAGGAACUCUUUCGGGUGCUGGAAAACGGCCAGGUGGGUAUAUUCGAGAGUCCCACAGGCACCGGCAAGUCCCUGACCCUCACCUGCGGUGCCCUCACCUGGCUGGAGCGGCACGAGGCGCUGGUGAAGUCCGAAAUGCUGGCGAGGAUCGUGGCCGUUGAGAGGGAGCUGGAAAUGUUGCAGAAGGAAGGCGAGCGGGCCACGGACUGGCUGGAGGCUCAGGGCAAAUCCCGACUGCAGCGGGAGGAGCUGCACCAAUUGCAACACCUCCGGGGACUGCUCGAGCAGCGGGAACAGCAGCUGGCGGAGAUGCGAGAGCGUGUGAAGAGCAGGAAAAAGCAGAGGAGCAGAGACUGCAGGCCCAAGCUAGAGGAAGCCAAGGAGGAGAAGCCCGCCUCCGAUUCCGACACGGACGAGGAGCAUGAAACCGCCGACAGCUUGGAGGAACCCUCAGAGGAACGCUAUCGUCCUGUCCAGAUCUUCUUCUGCAGUCGCACGCACUCGCAGCUGGCGCAAAUCGUCUCGGAGCUGCGCAAGACCCCGCACGGCAAGUGGGUGAGGUGCAUCUCCCUGGGCUCCCGCCAGCAGCUGUGCGGCAAUCCCCAGGUGCGAAGCCUCAAACAGGUGGGACUGAUGAACGAGCGCUGCCUGGAGAUGGCCAGUCAGAAGAAGUCUCAACCAAAUCCCAGCAAGAGAAGCCGUCUGACUGAAGGAGUAGCAUCUAGCCAAGGCAGAUGUCCCUUGAAAACCCAGUCCCUGGUGGACUCCCUCAAGGACUUGGCUCUAAGUGAGCCCCUGGACAUAGAGGAGUUGGCCACAGAGGGUUUGGCCUGUGGGGCCUGCUCUUACUAUGCCUCCCGGGCUGCUCUGGACCAGGCCCAGCUCAUACUGCUGCCAUAUCAGCUAAUGCUGCAGAAAUCUGCCCGCCAGCAGCUGGGCAUUAAUCUCCAGGGCAGCGUCCUGGUUGUGGACGAGGCACACAAUCUGCUGGACACUUUGGCCCAGCUACAUGGCGCUGAGAUUAAACGCCAGCAGCUGGAAAGAGCAAGAACCGAGAUUUUGGGCUACAAGGAGCACUUCCAAAAGCGUUUUAGCACCAGGAAUCUUCUCAAGAUCAACCAGCUGAUCUUUAUAGUCAAGCGACUGCUUAAAAUCUUGGAGUUAUCGAAAUCUUCGAGGAUGCUGCGCACUUACGAGCUGACCGCCGAGGGUGACUUCUUCAACAUUGAUCUUCACGAGCUGCUGGAGUUCUGUGCUCGCACUCGUUUCGCACGCAAGGUACAGGGCCAUGCGGCUAGGAUGCAAAGGGAGCCGCAGCCCAGUGAGAAUCAGCCGCCAACGGCAAGGAGUUUAAUACUCCAAAGAUUAAGCAAGGAGCAGGAGGAGAAGGAGAAGCCCAGGCAGGGCAAAAGGAAGCUGGAGGAAAUGCAAGAAGCAUCAGCAGCAGCGGAGGAGAAGGAGGCUCAAGGGAAGCCCCAAGGGAAGCUUCUUCCGGAAGCAACUCCUUCGCCCAUCAGACCUUUGCUGGCCUUUCUGGAGACCCUCACCAGCGAUGCCGCAGAUGGCAGGAUAUUGCUGGAUCCUCAGUCAGAAAGCCUCAAGUAUCUGCUCCUAGAUCCUGCCGAGCAAUUUUCAGAGAUCCUCCAACAAGCCAGAGCGAUUGUAAUUGCUGGUGGCACCAUGCAGCCCACUCAGGAGCUCAAAGAGCAGCUGUUUGCCUCUUGCCAGGAUCGUCUAAUAGAGCGUUUCUACAGCCAUGUGGUGCCCCAAGAUGCAGUGCUGCCCUUUGUGAUACCCAAUGGCCCCAAAGGUGCUCCGCUGCGCUUUAACUUUGCCCAGCGUGGAAAUCCAGAGAUGCUUCAGGAGCUCUCCAUGCUCCUCCAGAAUCUCUGCCAGGUUAUACCAGGAGGUGUGGUUUGCUUUCUGCCCUCCUAUGACUAUCUGGACAAGAUCUUUAAGCAUCUAAUGGAGUCGGGCAGCUUGGAGAGGAUUUCACGCAAAAAGUGUGUCUUUCGGGAGGUGGCCGGUUUGGCGGCGGAUCAGCUCCUGGAGAAGUAUGGCAAGGCAAUCAAGGAAUCAGCGGGAGCUCUUCUCCUCAGUGUCGUUGGCGGCAAGCUCUCCGAGGGCCUGAACUUUGCCGAUGACCUGGGACGAGCCGUUCUGGUCGUGGGCCUGCCCUAUCCCAAUCGCCAGUCGCCGGAGCUGGAGCAGCGCAUGCGGCAUCUGGACGAGAAGCUGGGCCCUGGCUCUGGCAAUGAAUUCUACGAGAAUCUCUGCAUGAAGGCGGUCAACCAAUGCAUCGGACGAGCCGUUCGCCACAUCAGGGACUAUGCCUGCGUCUACCUGCUGGAUGAGCGCUAUGUUGGCACAAGGAUACGGGGCAAGCUGCCGGAGUGGAUAGCCCGGCACAUUGUGGAGGCGGCCGCCGGAAAGGGCGGUUUCGGGGCAGUUCAAGCUCAAACUGCCAGGUUUUUCAAGGGGCGAUAGGGAAAGGAAUCUCUCUUGGUGAAUUCUUUUUUUUUAUGUUUAUUAUUUUUGUAUUUAAAUAUUAUUAAGGUGAUUUUUUGUUUCAUUUCUCUUGG